GGCAGCAGGCGGGGAGCCGAGGCGCUCUGCCUCUAAGCUGGGUAUUCUGGCAAGGUGGAGAGCUGGUCUGUUUGGCAGGACCUUCCCAUCUGGGAUCCAUCUGUGUUUCUCUGGAAUCGGACAGGCGGCUCCAGGCAGUGAGAAAUCGCAGAUGUGCGGGACCUGACACAUGUCCAGCUAAUGAAAGGAGAAGGCAGGCUGGGCUCCGGCUGCGCUCGAAGAUCACGAGUAGAGGAGGAGGAAGAGCGCUUUUAUUUAUAUUUCAAAGAAACUAGGUGUUUUCAACAGCAGCUGGAUCCUCGCAACCUUGCUGUUUAGGUUGCUGGUGAGAAGAGGGUGCCAGUGAUGCCCGGAUCGCCCGUGGAAGUGAAGAUACAGUCCAGGUCCUCUCCUCCCAACAUGCCACCACUGCCUCCUGGGAACCCCGGCGGCCCCCGGCCCGUGUCCUUCACCCCGACUGCACUGCCCAACGGAAUAAACCACUCUCCCCCAACACUGAACGGGGCACCAUCCCCACCCCAGAGAUUUAGCAACGGUCCUUCUUCCUCCUCUUCUUCCUCGCUGACGAACCAGCAGCUCCCGGCCACGUGCGGUGCCCGGCAGCUCAGCAAACUGAAACGCUUCCUCACCACCCUGCAGCAGUUCGGCAACGACAUUUCUCCAGAGAUUGGGGAGAAGGUCCGGACCCUCGUUCUGGCAUUAGUGAACUCAACAGUGACAAUUGAGGAAUUUCACUGCAAGCUGCAAGAGGCAACAAACUUCCCUCUCCGGCCGUUCGUGAUCCCCUUUCUGAAGGCCAACCUCCCGCUGCUGCAGAGAGAGCUGCUGCACUGCGCCCGAGCGGCCAAGCAGACGCCUUCCCAGUACCUGGCCCAGCACGAGCACAUCCUCCUGAACACCAACACCACCUCCCCUGCUGACUCCUCUGAGCUGCUGAUCGAGGUCAAUGGGAAUGGGAAGAGGCACAGUCCAGACAGAAGGGAAGACAGCAGCUUUGAGAGGGAGACGCUGCUGACGGAGCCUCCGGCCAAGAGGGUGUGCACCAUCAGCCCUGCGCCCCGACACAGCCCUGCCCUGACAAUCCCCCUGAUGAACCCCAGUGGGCAGUUCCACCCCACUCCGCCGCCCCUCCAGCACUACACUUUGGAAGAUAUCGCCACCUCCCAUCUCUACAGGGACCCCAGCAAGAUGUUGGAACACAGGGAGAUUCGGGACAGGCACAGCAGUCUUGGGUUGAAUGGAGGAUACCAGGAUGAGCUGGUGGACCACCGCUUAACGGAGAGAGAGUGGGCCGACGAGUGGAAGCAUCUCGAUCACGCGCUGAACUGCAUCAUGGAGAUGGUGGAGAAAACCCGGCGCUCGAUGGCUGUGCUGCGGCGCUGUCAGGAGGCCGACCGGGAAGAGCUUAACUAUUGGAAGAGGAGGUGCAGCGAGACAGCCGAGCCGCGGAAGGCAGGCAGCGAGCUCAUCUCCAGGCAGCACAGCCCCAGCAGCUCCGACUCCAUCGGCAGCGAUUCAUUGCGGGAGUUCAGCAGCAGGUCAGGAACGGGCUACGUCACGGAAGAGAUAUGGAAAAAAGCUGAAGAAGCUGUGAACGAGGUGAAGCGCCAGGCCAUGUCGGAGGUGCAGAAAGCAGUGGCAGAGGCCGAGCAGAAAGCGUUUGAGAUGAUUGCCUCUGAGAGGGCUCGGAUGGAGCAGACCAUCGCGGAUGCCAAGCGCCAGGCCACCGAGGAUGCUUUCUUAGUGAUAAACGAACAGGAGGAGUCUACAGAGAGUUGCUGGAACUGCGGUCGCAAAGCCAGCGAGACGUGCAGCGGCUGCAACAUCGCCCGGUACUGCGGCUCCUUCUGCCAGCACAAGGACUGGGAGAGGCACCACCGAAUCUGCGGCCAAAGCCUGCACGGCCAGAGCAAGCCACUGGCUCUGCCCAUGGGCCGCUCAGCAGCCACCAAGAGCCUCGACGGUGUCCCCAGCCCAGCCCUUGAGAAGACUUCAGCAACCACCUCGCGCUCCUCCACACCGGCAUCCGUGACAGCAAUAGAUACGAAUGGGCUCUAAAGGGGAAGUUUCAGUUCAGUCCGUUUGAUUGGGUUCCCUGGGUUUUUUUUAAGCCAAAAAACCCCCACGGCAUUUUAUCACUUGACACAUGGACACUUGGCACCAGCUCCUCGCAGCGCCGACACUCGGGCUUUGCUAUCUCAUCCUGCCUUGUUUCUUUUGUGGCUCAGGAAGAACUGGGGCCAUGCCUGUCUCUGCACGGGGAACCAGAGCAUCGUUCGGGACCUGGAGGAAGCUGGACGCUCGCUCGGGAGGACCUGGACUCAGUGGAGAGCGCAGGCAGCACACACAGGAGAUGCUGAGACCCAUCCUCGUGGGUCAAAUAUGCUCCAGCUCCUUUCCUGGUGUGUCUGAGCUGCCACCUCCCUCAGCUCCCUUUCUUCCAUGAUAUGCAUCUAUUUUUUUCCUUGCUCCCAGGCAGUGAUGUCUCAGACGGCUGUGCUGGCUGGUUGUUGCUGUGAACAGACCAGAGCCAAUUUCCCAGCAGGAGCACCUCAUCCUCCAGUGCAAUGGCAAAAGCUGAGCCCUCUUCUUUCUUGCUGCCUGCAGGUCGGCAGCUGACAACUGCAGAGAGGGAGGAGGGAAUUUGUCUGCUCUAAACCAAAUGUCAGUACCGGGGAAGCCCGGUCACUGCUGGGGGGUCUGGAUUUAAUCCCAUUCUGUGACCAGUCGCGAGUUGCCCGUUACCCUCGGUGAGAUCUUUCCCAGGGGAAGCAUGGAGCAGAUCCAGAUUGGGUGCGGGUGGUUCUUGCCCUUUGCACUUGGCUACCAUUACAUUGCUAUACAGAAAGUGAGUUUUUCACUGCAUGGCAGUGGUUGGUUUGGGAGUUGCUGCCGUUGAUUUUGCCCACAAAGAUCUUCAUGCAAUGCCGUGGGUCCCAGUCCGUGCUCUCCACUGUUAAAAUGAACACAGGACCCUGUGGCUGAUGUCGGUUCUCGCCCUCUCCCCCAGCCCCGGGGUGCUCCGGUGGUGCUGCUCCGAUGCUGGCUGCGCUCCUUUGCCCAGAGCUGCCCAGGGAUGCUCAGCCACCAGCAUCCAGCCCUUGGAGACCAUCCCAAAGGGCAGGCUGAGAGGAGAGCAAGGUCUUGCGGGGCUGCCUUGGUCAGCCUGGGGAGAUCAUCGCUUGGAGAGGCCCUGCUGUGGCCUUCACAGAAGGAUGUAGGGCAGUGCAAACCCCACAGAAGAGCUGUUCCAGAUGCAGCAGGGCUCAUCCUUGGCUGCUUCAUGGAUCGUCGGAAGCGCAGCCCCUGGGAGAGGUGGGCACAGGCCCUCUGGGGAGCCCCACCGCUUUCCCACGCUGCAAACAGGCUGUAGGAACCCAUCCAUUCAGAAAAGCCGUGUUUCCAUGACGGGUUUUGUGUGAUUGCUGGGCUGGAGCCCAAUGAGGCGAGUAAUUCCCAAAUUAUGUUUGAUCACUUUUCCAAUUGGAGGCGAAUAAUAGAGAUGUAAUGGAUCCUCACUGGGCUGGCAGCAGUGAGCCGGCUGCCCUGGGAUAAACGAGCGGUGCGCUGAACCAGCUUUUCCUUAGGGAAGGCUCAUUUGGAAGCUGCUGUGGUGGGAUAGGAUGGAUGGUUCCCAUUUUAUUUUGCAAGAAAAGCCACCUGGUGUUGAGGACAACUCGCUGUGGCACCUGGGACCACCCCAGCGCUGCUGGCUGUACAGAGUCUGAGUUGCAGCCACGGCUCCCAGGAGCCAGCAGGACGGUGCUGUGCGGCUGCAACCCAGGAAUAGCAUCCCCCAGCUCAGGGAUUUGUACCCCAAGAGUGCUGGAGGCAGCAGGGUGAGCCUCAAACUGCAGCAGCCCUGGGAAGCAGCUCUCAGCACCUCUGCAGCAAAGCCAAAGCUCUUGCUCUGCACCCAGGGCUGCAGCACGGAGGAGUUUGGAGCAUCAGCCAACGCUCAGGGCUGCCCUGGCAUCCCCACUCCUCUCCUGGGAGCUGAAGGGCUUCCCUGCUAUAUGGGGACAUGUGCGCAGUCGGAGCUGCCUCAGGUAAAUAAAGUCAGGUUGUGACAUCCCAAUCCUGACCAAACACUGUGGGUCAGCGGGCGGGGAAAGAGGAGGCUGGAAAGGAAUUGCUUGUAAAUAGGUUGUCUUCCAUAAUUCUCAUGCAACUUUGAUGGCUGUGUACUAAAAUUAACCCCAGUGUAAAUGACCGAAAUACUAACAAUCAUGAUUAGAACAAGAUUGCUUCUUUUUGUUUUCCUACCAUGGAAUGAUAAAUGUGAAACUCGGACAUGGGACGCCGUUGGGGUAAGGUUUCUAUAUUUUUUUGGUUGACAUUUAAUUCUGUAAUAGAAAUUUGUUACUUCAUUCCUGUGCAUAACUUAUUUAAUGUACUGUAUAAAGGAACCCCAGCUGUUACAGAUGUAUUUAGUUUGUUCUACUCAAAAGUAGUCAAUAAAAGACUAUAUUCAUCAUGCAGCUCCCACACCUCUUGCAGAAGGAACCGGGGUUGCAGCAGUGGCGCUGCCAGGCCAAAAACUGCAUCCUCUGUGGUGCUGGGGGCAAAGCGAAGCCUGAGAGCAAGUGCGGGUGGAGCCGGCGUUCAGCCCCUUGCUUGGUAAUUUGGGAUUUGGGGAGCUUCAUGUUUAAGUAUGUUCUUUUUUGAGCAUAGAACAGCCUGCAAGGGGCUUGUGGUGCCAACCCUGUGCCCCCCCAGCUGCUCAAGGGUGCCCACUGCGCAGUCUUCAGCCAUUUGAGAAUACUAAUUCAGUGAUUAAAAAUCCAAAAUCGGGGGUCAAACCCCACAUCAGACCAGGGUGGCUGUUUGUGUCCACCAGAGCCAGCUGAGCCCAAACCUCGUGCCUGCGGCAGCUCUGGCGUUAGUGGAUGCCUACCGUGGUGCAGCUCAGCCCUUUCUGGUGGCCCCGGCACCUCCCUGGUCCCCUCACCUGUGGCUCUUAUGGGGCAACACAGCGUUUGGCUGACAGAGCCGGGGUUUCACUGCUGCCUGAGCCGUGGGCUCAGCCACCUCUGCUGCCCCAGGACUGUGGCUUUUUGGUUUGGAAAAGGAGCAGUUACCAAUAAUCAGGUAAAUAAUUGGGUGUUCAAAAGAGGGGUCCCACAUGGGAACGGGGCCAGGCUCUGUCCUUGCCCCAUCCCCAGGAGGGAGCAUUUGUGAUUCAGUUGCCUGAGCCGGGAGAGGGGUUGGCAGUGCCCACCAGAGCUGGGCAGGGGCUGCUAUUCCCUACUCCUCCAACAAGUUGUUUUCCACAUCCCCUCUCCUGGCAUCAGCCAGGUCACCCUCCCUCUACCCCCAAACCCAUCCCCUUUUGCCCACUGUGGCCCCACAGCACCAGGACAGGGGUGACA